AAUCCCGUCCCAGUGGCCCGAUGCUUCCCAGCUCAUACUUUUGAACAAUUGCGAAAAUAAUACGCCUCUGUAUUCUUCCUGGUUGCUUUUCUUCUCAAUUUCACUCCGUCCCUCCUACCUCGUACCUACAAACACGACCCGUAAUCACGCCAUUCGCUGCCAUUCACCGUUCGCCUAUCUAGUACCUAGACUUAACAGGCACCUUUCCAAAUCUUACCAACUUCGAAGCGAGCCUUCGCCGCAUCGUGCCGUAACACCGCCCCCGAACACCACUCCCCUACAUACGACACGCCAGAAGCAGUCGGGGUAGAUGACUGCUCUAGACCAUAUCUCUACCCGACCGGGCCUCUCCUCUUCCACUUAAUUUUCUACUGCUCUCCCUCUCCUCGACAGUUUGGGUACAUAUCUGAGAGAUGCCUCUAUUCACCCUUUCCACAUCCAAGAAGAAUGCCUGUACGCUGUUCGACAUCAGGCUCGAGAACGACUUUAUUGUCUUUCGCGGUAACGAUCAUGAGGCCUCUGGCCAACUGCUCAAAGGAACAGUCGUGCUUUGCUUGUCUGCGCCAUUAAAGGUCGAGACGAUCAACUUGAAAUUGACCGGCACAAUCCACUAUGGUUGGACCGAUCCCAGAGUAACCGCGACAGGAAUUAACCAUCACAGAAUCGAUAAGACUGUGAACUUCUACGAGCACCGAUGGCGACCAUUUGCUGGAGUCGGCGCUUCCAACCAUAUUCCGACUGGCGACACACAUCAUUCGAGGGGCACCACGCUAGGCCCUGGCAAUUACGAAUGGCCCUUUCAAGUCAUGCUCCCUGGUAAUACCACGGAGAGUGUGGAGGGCUUGCGUGAGGCCAGCAUCACUUACAGACUGAAGGCAUCAGUAGUGCGGGGCAAGUUUGCAUCCGAUUUGAGCGCUUACAAACGGCUACGCAUCAUCCGAACCCUCGAAUCCUCCGCCCUCGAGUUUCUACAUGCGAUGAGUGUGGAAAAUAUCUGGCCCAACAAGAUAGAUUACUCGAUUCUGAUCCCUCAGAAGGCGGUGGUCUUCGGCACAUGCAUCCCUCUAGAGACGAGAUUUACCCCAUUACUGAAGGGACUGGAGUUAGGCGACAUGACCGUGAAGCUGGUCGAGGUCCAUGACAUUGUGCUUCACUCGACUAGGUCGUCGGGUGCCUCUUCGGUUAAGGAAUACCGGAAAGAAAGAGAAAUCGAGACAUGGCGACUUCCCAUCACGCGCGAGGAGCAUUGGCAGGACAUGAUCAACGAUAGCGGGCAGGAGGGCUGGGUUCUCAAUACUUCGCUUAACCUGCCGAAGAAACUUUCGAAAUGCUUGCAGGAUGUCAACACCAAGGGCAUUAAAGUCCGACACAAGCUGAAGUUGGUUGUGGCUUUGAAGAAUCCCGACGGUCACAUUUCGGAGCUUAGGGCGACGCUGCCGGUAACCAUUUUCAUAUCGCCAAAUAUGCCACUGGACGAGGACGGGAAUCUGGUGCGACAAGUACCGGUCGGAACACCGUCCCUGCAAGUAGCCGCGAUAGCACCACCAGGCUACGGCGAGCAUGUUCUUGACCAGCUGUACGAGGAUAUGGAUCCAACCGGGCUACAAACACCAGCUGGUGGCCUGUCGGCUGUUAAUAGCCCAAUCUAUGGAAGGUCGCGCGCCAGCUCCGUGGAGAAUCUGAAUGCACUCUAUCAUGGUGCCAGCAGUCCCGUUAAUGGUGUGCCAUUCAGUGCCAACCAGCUCACUGCUAGGUUGCAGACUCAGCUUAAUCAGCACAAUCGUAAUCAGUCAUGGCCCACGAUGCGGGCUGCGGAAUCGGCACGCCACAUGCCCAGCUACGCAUCAGAACUUGAUACCGAGGAUGCCCGUACCGAUGAGCAGUCGGCGCCGCCGUCAUUACCGCUUACUCGGCACAACAGUGACGACGACGAAUCUGCAUUGCAGCACCUCGACUAUGCAGAGCUUGAGGAGCUCAGCAAGGUUCCUAGUUACCAGACAGCCGUCAAGACACCAGUCCGGCCGCUGGCGUACAAUGUUCUCCCAGACUACGAAACGGCGACGAGCGUACCGAGCACACCUCAACCAGGUUCGCCGGAACGAUCGCCGCCGUUGAGAGCUACUGAACUCACCCGGUCCGACAACUCGUUUCUGGGAAGCAUCGCCGAGGUCCCUCAAGAGUCGUCGAUUCAGGAUGACGACAUGAACCCGCAGAGUCGGCCUGGGACACGCAGAACAUCACCCAUCCGUUGGCGGCAAUUGUCGGUGGGAUUGUACCCACACCACUCGCUGCACGGGGAGGGCGAUGAGCACCGACGGCUUCACCUUCUCCGUGCCCAACGCGGCUUGGCCUAGAGGUCCAAUAGCUCGUCGGCACGCACACCCUGAUGAAGCAUAAGGGGCGUUCUGAAUGGAGAUGGAAAUUGAGAUUUCCUUUGUAUUAUAAAUGUCUGUUCUGUUGCUUUUGCCUGGAUUCCAGGGCUGGUGGACAGCAAAGGGCAUUCGGCAGCUGCAAAGCGCAGCUUUUUUUUAGGCGUUUUAAUGACCAAUACAUGGGGGGAUAUUGACACACAUGGAGGGGGGUAAUGGAGGCAACAUGUCGUUGGCGUUUGGGAUUGCCAAAGGCGGCUCAUUUGCGAUGGGAACUGACAUCAAGAGGAGGUCUCCGGUUUGUUUCGGAGUUGACGGUCAUUCUCUUCUCUUUUUUCCUUUUGGUGGUGGGCUGGGUUCGAGGGCUCGAUCAAAGAGAUUGAGGAUCGGGCAGCGGUGGAUUAUUUGAGGCGCUCUGUGUUUUCGGUUUGGGGAUUGAUGAAGAGGACAUUAUCUGAACCAGUUGCUACUUUAUACCUUCGAUACCCCCUAUAGUCAAAAGUCAGCAGAUGAAUCUAGACCAAUGAAUAGCCAGUAAAUGGAUUAUUUGCUUGUGAC